GUGGGCAUUGAGGCCGCCUGAGAGGGUCGUUCUGCAAGUAUUAGCAGCCUGCGGUUUUAUUCUGUAAAACCGGUCUAUAUGACGUGCUCUUCGACUGCACGGGAGUGGCGGAGUGGCCAGAGUGCUCUUUUGUUAUGCGAGUGCGAUUCCGUGCAAAGGUAUUUGAGAUGAUGCUCUAUUGUUGGGAGUUCUGAGGAAUCCGCAAUGAGGUGCCAUAUGACCAGGAAGAAGAGAAAUCAAGUGAAACAAAGACGAGGAGAUUCUUCGGAUACACUUGGCUAGCUUACGCUGAUCCAGAAGUGACAAAGCAGAGCACUCCAGUCAAUGGCUAACUUCUAAAGUCAAAAGAAAAUGAUGCAGGCCCAGGAAUCCCUGACCUUGGACGAUGUGGCUGUGGUAUUCUCCUGGGAGGAGUGGCAGCUCCUGAGCCAUGCUCAGAAGGACCUGUACUGGGAUGUGAUGCUGGAGACCUGCAAGAGCUUGGUGUCAAUGGGGUAUCUAACCAGGAAAUCAGAUGUAUGCUCCCAAUUAGACCCAGGAGUACCAUGGACAAUAGAAGAUGAAAUCCAUAAUCUAAUCUGUCCAGAAAUCAGAGAAGUUGGUGAUCCUCUGCAACAUCACUUGAAAGAUAGAACCAUUCACAAAAGCAUUGAACAAUGCUACAAACAUAGAAAUUUCAGAAAUAUUCUUAAUCAGAGCAAAGAUCAUCCACCAUUGAAGCAAAACUGCAGUGGGUUUGACUUCUGUGAAAAAUCUUUGAACUCAAAUUUAAGUUUUGAAAACCAGAGCAGAAACUGUGAUAUAAAGAACUCUGCUGAGCUAAGUGGGAAUGACCAAUCCCUUAAUGUACAUCAGAAAAAUCUUACAGGAGAGAAACAUUAUACGUGUACUGAAUGUGAAAAGGCUUUCUCUAGAAAGUAUCUACUCGUUUAUCAUCAACGAACUCACACAGGAGAGAAACCCCAUGGAUGUGAUGUAUGUGGGAAAGCCUUCUCUACAAAGUCCAGUCUCACUGCACAUCACAAAACUCAUACCGGAGAGAAACCUUAUAUAUGUAGUGAAUGUGGAAAAGGCUUUAUUGAGAAGAGGCGUCUUGUUGCUCAUCAUCGAAUUCAUACUGGGGAGAAACCAUUUAUAUGCAGUAAAUGUGGGAAAGGCUUCACACUGAAGAACAGUCUUAAUACUCAUCAGCUGACUCAUACAGGAGAGAAACUGCAUAUAUGCAAUGAAUGUGGAAAAGCCUUCUCUACGAAGUUCAGUCUUGUGGCACAUCAGAAAACUCACAGAAUAGAGAAACCUUAUGUAUGCAGUGAAUGUGGAAAAGGCUUUAUUGAGAAGAGACGUCUUCUUGGACAUUAUAGAACUCAUACUGGUGAGAAACCCUUCAUAUGCAGUAAGUGUGGGAAAGGCUUCACAUUAAAGAAUAGUCUUAUUACACAUCAGCGAAUACAUUCUGAAGAGAAACCAUUUAUAUGUACUUAUUGUCAAAAAAAGUUUAUCAUGAAGAGUGAUCUAAUUGCCCAUCAGCGAACUCACACUGGGGAGAAACCAUACACAUGCAAUGAGUGUGGAAAAAGCUUUGCCUUGAAAAGCCACCUAGUUGUACAUCAGCGAAUUCACACAGGAGAAAAACCCUAUGUAUGCAACGAAUGUGGAAAAGGCUUUCCAACAAAGGUACAACUUAUGAUACAUCAGCAAACUCAUACUGGAAAUAAACCAUAUAUAUGCAGUGAGUGUGGAAAAGGCUUUGCUUUAAAGAACCGCCUCAUUGUCCAUCAGCGAACUCACACAGGAGAGAAACCUUAUGUAUGCAAUGAAUGUGGAAAAGGAUUCCCAACAAAGAUACGGCUGAUAAUACAUCAACGGACCCAUACAGGAGAAAAACCUUAUAAAUGCAACAAAUGUGAAAAGAGCUUUCCUGAGAAGAGUCAACUCAAUGUGCAUCAACGUACUCACACAGGAGAGAAACCCUAUGUAUGUAGUGAAUGUGGUAAAGGCUUAAGUGAAAAAAAAAUGCUCAUUGCACAUCAGCGAGCUCAUAAUGGUGAAAAGCCAUACAUUUGCAAUGAAUGUGGGAAGGGCUUCACAAUGAAAAGUACACUAAGUAUACAUCAGCAAACUCAUAUUGGGGAGAAGCCAUACAAAUGUAAUGAAUGUGGUAAAGUCUUUGAGAAAAAGACACCGCUCAUAGUACAUCAGAGAUUUCACUCAGGAAAGACUUCCUUUGCAUGUUCUGAAUGUGGAAAAUGCUUCUUGCGCAAAAAUGAUCUCAUUACCCAUCAGAGAAUUCACACAGGAGAGAAACCAUAUGAGUGCAAUGAGUGUGGGAAAGCCUUCACUACAAAGUCUUGGCUCAAUGUUCAUCAAAGAAAACAUACAGGAGAGAGGCCUUAUGGAUGUAGUGAUUGUGGGAAAGCCUUUGCCCACUUAUCAACCCUUGUUAAGCACAAGAGAAUUCAUAGUUAGUCAACAAUCCUCUUGUUAUUUGUCCUUGAGUAUUAGUAUCUACCCAAAACAUUAAUGUGUAUAGAAUUUAUAUUGGUGUAUUCACAGAUAAAUGAUCUAUUUUUCUCUGUCAAAGGAAUAAUACUAUGACUGAUGUAGAUAGUAUUGAGGGAUUUCAAAAAAUUAUAUAUCUUAUAUAUCUUAAAAAGUAUAUGUUUAAAAAAACACAUGAAUGUGACAGACUAGCAAAGCCUUCAUUAGUAAGAACGGCACUGUCAAAUAAUCAUAGAUUUGGAGCAACUACCAGUUGACAAAAACAUAAUUUUAAGAAAGUAUUAGCUUGUAAAUUAAUGCCUCUAUUGAUUUAGAAUUCACACUAAAGCAAUCCUUUCCUGUAGCAGGGCUUGCAGAAAUAUAUUGCCUCAUCAUUUUUCAGAAAAUCCAUCAGUACUUAUGAUCACUGGAAGAUAUAGUACAGUGGUAAAGCAUUUAGCCAGUGUGUAGGAGAGGUCAUAAUUAAUCCCUAGUCGCUGAAAACAACAAGAAACAUCAUUUAUGAACAUAUUUAAUGUGGAUGACUUAGAAAAAAUAUUGGAGAUAUUAAUGAAGAAAUGAUGCCUUGAGAAAAAUGACAAGUAGUAUAUCUUUAGGCUAUAAUUGAGCAGAGAGAUGGCUUAGUGGUUUAGAGCACUUGCUGUUCUUCUAGUGAAUCCAAGUUUAGUGCCAGCACUCCCCUGCCCCCCAAUCAGGAGGCUCAUAACUGCCUGAAACUCAAGAUUCAGAAGAUCUGAUAUGCUCUUCUGGCCUUCAGGAGCAUACACACACACUCACAAACACACAAAAAAAAAAUUUAAAUAUAUACCUAAUGUGCAUUUGGGAGCAGAAUACCUUGUUUGACUUUUUGUUUGCCUUGUCUUUAAUUUGGUAAAAUUUUAAGUUAACAGUUUCUUCUACCAGAGAUUUAAGUUUGAAAAUUUACAAUGUAGCGUGGUCUUUGCAUGUAUCAUUUUACUAACUUGUAUAUCUUUUAUUCUAAUUUAUUCCAAAAUGCUUAAAAUAUUUUAAAAUGAUAUGACAUACUGAGAACUAUUUACCAGUGUGUGGCUAGCAUUAAGUUUAGGCAGUCAGAAUAAUACAUAAUUUUAACAUAAAUUUCUUUUCUGAGAUAAAUUUAGACUCAGAGUGUUAUGACAGUAAGUUCCCAAAUUCUCAGAAACUCACAAAGUGAGCGUAUAUAAUCAUAGUUCAUUUUCAGAUAUGGGAAAGGGAAAUUAUUACACAAUUUAUAAGUAAAUCACUGAAGGACAGGAGAAUUUCGAGUUUUUUGCUACAACAAAUAAAAACGUUAUGAAUUUUCUUGAUCGAAGCCUCUGUACAGUCUCAUUGUUUCAGUUUUCAAAGCUAAUUAUCAAAGAGUGUGUUUAGUGGGCUGUGGUAAGUGUAUGCUUAAUUUUAUGUGAAACUGGUAGCUUUUCCCCCAGUAUGUAUUCUAUUUCCAUUACCCAACAGCAAUGCAUGAAAAUCCCAAUCAAUUCAGUCUUGCACUCACUCACUACCAUCAGUAUACUAUGUGUGUGAUAGUGCUUGUUUGCUGCCUAACUACUUUCCACAAAUUGCUUUACUCAAAUCUGUCCAUUUCUCAAUUGGAAUAUGUAUGUCUUAGUAUAGGAUUUACAGUAUACUUUGCAUAUGCUGAAUAGACAUGUUGUUGAACAGUGAUUUGCAGAUAUUUUUCCCUGCAAAUGGCUUAUUUUUUCCUUGUAAGAAAAUAUGUCAAUUAUGAAGUCCAACUUACCGCUUUUUAUUCUUAUAUUGCUUGUGAUUUUUGUGUUAUAUAAAUAUUUCUUGUCUGAAGUAUAGUAUUACUUUAUCCCAGAAAAGAUAAAAAGAUAUAUUUUUCUUUUGAACCAUGCCUAGUGGUACAAGCCUUUAAUCCCUCCUACUUGAGAGGCUGAGCCAAGAGGAUCACAAGUUCUUUCUUAGAAGACACAGUCCACUGCUUUCAUUAUUACAGGUUUCAAACUUAGUUGUUGAUGAUGAUGAUGAUUAUUAAUAUUAUUAAAUUCUAAAUUAUUCACACAAUAUACUUUGUUCAUGUAUUUUUCUCCCUCAAGUCCUACUCUCAACUUCAUGAUCUCUCUCUCAAAAAACCCACAAACACAAAUAGAAAGACACCAAAAAAAGACACCUUUUUCAUGGUUAUACAUAUGAAAAAAGAGAGAACAAAACAAAACAGAAAUGCUGUGGAUAGGGUAGCUUAGUCCAUGAAAGAGAACUCAAAUUCUGGAAUGCAAACUUUUAGACCAGAAGGCUGUGAACCCUUAUAGCAUUUGAGAAGCCCUAAGGAUGCAGAGUAUCCACAGUGCUGAGAUUUUAUUCAAGGCAAUUGCUUCAAAAGAUAUUAUACUAUCCAUAAACCCUGUUUACCAGAAAUUAGAAGGUUUUGCUUAAUAGAUCAUUAGAACAAAGACAAGAAAGUAUGACCCCCCCAAAAAAAGGGGGGGGGGAAUGUAGCAACCCUUUAUGUUAGAAAUAACAAUCACAUCACCUUAAAUUGGGAACGUCUUUAUUAUGGAUAAUUUCCCUCUAUUCUUAGUGUGCCAAAUGUCACAAUGCUCUUACAUACAGAAUGCAUUUUUUCCCCUCAGGCAAGGCUCUUAACAAAACCUAAAAAAAGAAAAACAAAAGCACACAUGAGCACGCGCGUGCACACACACAGACACAAACACUAUAGAAAGUAGGCUUUUUAUUGGCCAAAUACUCCUGAGCAUGGGGCCUUGCUCUAGAGUGGUUGACAUAUCCAGUGCCACUCCAAUGGAAAAACAAGACAAACAACAA